UUUGUUUGGUCGAUAAUUGGCACCUACCGGCUCCUCCAUGUUUUCUGCAGAAUAUAAAUGGUCAUAUAGCCUCACCAGAAAGGACACGACUCAAUCACCUGAAUAGGCUUCAAAGUUUCCACUUACAAAGAUGCAAACCUUGCCCAGUCAUGGAGAACCCAUCACCGGUAGCGGACCACACUACGACAGGGCGAAAGAAGCAAAGGAAUUCGACGAGAGCAAAGCCGGAGUCAAAGGCCUCGUAGACUCGGGCGUGGCCAAGGUCCCCAGGCUCUUCAUCCACCCACCCGAGAACCUGCGCGACUUGUCCCCCGACACUGAUGGGGCCGCCACCGGCCUCGAGGUCCCAAUCAUUGACAUGAUGGGCUAUCGGGAUUCCCGGCGGCGAGACGUGGUCAACGAACUCUGUAGAGCAUCCGAGACGUGGGGGUUCUUCCAGAUAAUCAACCAUGGUGUUCCGGUUGACGCGAUGGACGGCAUGUUGGAAGCUGUCAAGCAGUUCCACGAGCAGCCUGAGGGAAUGAAGAGAGAGUGGUACUCAAGAGAUGAUGCAAAGAAAUUUAGGUACUACAGCAAUGGAGACUUGUUUAGGUCCAAAGCAUUAUCUUGGAAGGACACUCUCACGUUUGAUUUCUCGCGUGGAGUGCUAGACCCAGAGGCGGUCCCUCUUCUCUGCAGAGAGCCGGUUUUCGAGUACGAAAGACACAUCGAAAAAUUGAAGAUAUCUCUGUCUGAACUACUAUCAGAGGCAUUAGGGCUUGAUUCAGACUAUCUUGGUGACAUGGGAUGCAUGAAAUCCAAGAGUAUGGCAGGCCAUUACUACCCAAUUUGCCCAGAGCCAGAGCUGACUAUAGGCAUGAUCAAUCACUCAGAUGCCUCAUUUCUCACUCUUCUCCUCCAAAACCACCAUGGAGGCCUCCAAGUCCGACACCAAAACCAGUGGAUUGAUGUGUCCCCAGUGCCUGGAGCAAUCCUAGCCAACAUUGGAAACUUCAUGCAGCUUGUUAGCAACGACAAGUUCAAGAGCGUGGAGCACCGGGUCCUCGCCAGGCGGGCCGGGCCCCGGGUCUCGGUCGGAUGCUUCCUUUUACCAGGAGAGAUGCAGAAGUCGUAUGGGCCAAUAAAGGAGCUUCUCGAUGAGAACAAUCCACCCGUGUACAGAGAGAUCUCUUUCCCGGAUUAUUUCGGGUAUUACCUCUCCAGUGGCAAUGGCCUGAAUGGUGAAUCUGUACUUCCUCAUUUCAAAGUUAUCGAGUCCAAGUAGAGAGUACAAAAAUGUGUAAAAGCUUCAUCGAAGGUGUUGGUGUUCGCAUGAAAUAUGACGGCUCAAUCUUUUCAUUAGAUAUAGUAACAGGACUACAAGUGAACAGAAUAUUCAGAGUCCACAUUGGUUACAUAAGACUGAAACAAGAAAUAGCCAAAAUAUGAUUGCAUGCCCCCUUCAAUCUGUGUACACAGUUGAAUCUCUUUGACCUCACUAUGAUAAUAACUACUACUUUAAUAUAAGUUCUAAAUUUGUAACGA